GAACGCAUGGUUGACCGUCAAGUCUUUUAUCCUGUGUGCCGCCCACAUCUCUACUUGUCGCCUUUCAAUGCAGACAGACCCUUUAGCGGUGUCUACGGUCCAUAGAGGUUGGAGUCUAGCCGCCAAUGGCUCAGUGCGAUGUGCCCGAGCACGACUUUGUGACCGGCACGUCCCUCUCCGAUGAACCCGCCGGCUCUCCCACAAAUAACGAAGCAACAAUGGCGGAACUAAAUGAGACUGAUCCCGUCCCUCACACUACAGAGCUGUCGACAUCCGCAUCCCAAGAAGUGCCUUCGCAGAACGAGCCUUCGAAUACCCAAGAGUCUACAAAUGAUGCAGUUCAAGGGACUGGGAAAGAAUCGGGGGACCCCGCCGUUCCGCAAGAGAACAUUGGUGAAGAGGGACCGAGCAUUCCAGUGAUCACUAGCUCUGAUACGGCACUGGAGGCUGAUAAAGAAAAUCAAUCCCACCCGAGCCCGAUUCCAGCUUUGCCAGCGGAAACAAGGGAACGAUCGGACUCGCGGUCCACCGUUGCUACUCAAGGCAUGCACCGAUCGGCACCGCUUACCUCCGCAGUAUUUGUUAUCACUGCCCUGGACACAAUCGCAGCUUCAAAGGAAGCGCGACGCAGUAAGGAGUUGGGCGAGGCCGUGAGCUUAGCCCAGGGAAACAUCAAACAGUCUGAACAGCACCCCAUUGACCCUGAAAUUAUCUUUCGACCUUUGGAGUUGGCUAGCAAGACUGUUAGCAUCCCCCUACAAAUUACUGCUCUAGAUUGUAUUGGCAAACUCAUCACAUAUUCCUACUUCGCAUUCCCUUCCUCCCCGGACGAACCCAGCUCGGAAUCGCAGAAUCAACCACCAUUAAUAGAACGUGCUAUCGAGACAAUAUGCGACUGUUUUGAAAAUGAAGCCACUCCGCCAGAAAUACAACAGCAAAUUAUUAAAUCCUUGCUCGCUGCAGUGCUCAACGACAAGAUUGUUGUUCAUGGUGCUGGUUUACUCAAAGCUGUGAGGCAGAUAUAUAACAUUUUUAUUUAUUCGAAGUCCAGCCAGAACCAGCAUAUUGCUCAAGGAUCGCUUACCCAAAUGGUUGGCACCGUUUAUGAUCGUGUACGCCUCCGCCUAGAUCUAAAAGAAGCACGACUCCGGGAUGCCCAGAGCCAGCGUAACCGCUCUGAAUCCGAUGCGUCACUCGAUCAGCCUAACGAUGAUGCCUCAAAUGAGCAGGAUGAGUCCCCCGAAGAUGGGCAAUCUCUUGUUUCUGACCACCCUGUUGCGAAGGAGCCAAGAGAGAAAAUGACUUUACAAAGCUUUGAGACAAAUAAAGAUGACGCGAUGGUAAAUGAUAACGCGCCUACGAUGGUAACUCGGGCAAAGGCCAAUCGCAAGGCGUCCCGUUCCGUUCCAGGUGAAGACCUAGAUCCGGCAACAGACGACGAAGACGAAAUUUACGUGAAAGAUGCAUUCCUUGUUUUCCGAGCACUAUGCAAACUGAGCCAUAAGAUUCUAUCCCAUGAACAACAACAAGAUCUUAAGUCGCAAAACAUGAGAUCAAAGUUACUGUCGCUGCAUUUGAUGCAACAUCUUCUCAGCAACCAUGUUACCGUGUUCACAUCUCCUCUUGCUACCAUUAGGAGUAGCUCGAACACCGGUGACACUAUGACACUGUUGCAGGCUAUAAGGCCACAUCUUUGUUUGAGUUUGAGUAGAAAUGGCGCCAGCUCUGUACCCCCGGUAUUCGAGGUUUGCUGUGAGAUAUUCUGGCUAAUGUUGAGACACAUGCGGGUCAUGUUAAAGGUCAGCCCAAAAAUGCUCCUGAAUAAAGAGUUGGAGGUAUUUUUCAAGGAGAUAUACCUCGCCAUCCUAGAGAAACGCAAUUCACCGAUGUUCCAAAAAAAAUAUUUCAUGGAUAUCCUUGGAAGGUUAUCCACGGAUCCUCGCGCUCUCGUCGAACUAUACUUAAACUAUGAUUGUGAUCGUAUGGCUUUAGAGAACACGUUUCAAGGCAUCAUCGAACAAUUGUCGAGAAUAUCGAGCAUGCCUGUGGCAGUAACUGUACAGCAACAGCAGCAAUAUCAAGAACACCGUGCGAAUACCCCGACUUCUGCCCAUGACUGGCACCAGCCGGGAACACUACCUCCGUCCUUGUCAACAGCAAAAAUCGACAAUAUCGCACCUACAAGCUCUCAAAAUAUACCACCUGAAUAUGCUAUGAAACAAAGGGCUCUGGAAUGCCUUGUAGAAAUUUUGCGAUCUUUGGACACAUGGUCUUCACAGGACACGAAUUCUUCAAAAUCUUUACCCCGCGAACCAUUUUCACGAAACUCCUUGGCGAUGUCUAGGGAAUCUCUUGACACAGCAGCACCGACAUUAUCGACCGCCUCACCAAGAGUAGAUUCUGGGGAACCUUUGACUGGCCAAUCGACUCCCGUUGCAGAAGACGAUCCCAACGAAAUUGAAAAAGCCAAGCAGCAGAAGAUUGCAUUAACAAAUGCGAUUCGGCAGUUCAAUUUUAAGCCAAAGAGAGGAAUGAAGCUUUUUCUCUCCGAAGGCUUUAUUCGGUCGGAUUCACCUUCUGAUAUUGCCAGUUUUCUGCUUCGAAAUGAACGAUUGGAUAAAGCUGCUGUUGGCGAAUUUCUUGGUGAGGGGGAUGCGGAAAACAUUGCAAUAAUGCAUGCAUUUGUCGAUUUGAUGGAUUUUGGCGAUCGUGGCUUUGUUGAUGCGCUCCGCGAGUUCUUACAAAGCUUUCGGCUUCCGGGGGAAUCCCAAAAGAUCGAUCGCUUUAUGCUAAAAUUUGCCGAGCGGUAUCUUACAGGGAAUCCGAAGUCUUUCGCUACGGCCGACGAUCCCUACGUUCUUGCAUACUCUGUAAUCAUGCUUAAUACCGACCUUCACAGUUCUAAAUUGAAGCGCAAAAUGACCAAGGAAGAUUUUAUCCGAAAUAAUAGGGACCUCCAAGAUGUUCCCCAGGAAUACCUUGGAGGUAUCUAUGAUGAAAUCGCUAAUAACGAGAUUGUUCUAUACAGUGAGCGAGAGCAUGCAGCAAACCUUGGCCAGCCCACUCCGGCUCCGGGGCUCGCCUCUAGAGCUGGACAAGUUUUAGCCACGGUCGGAAGGGAUAUCCAAGGCGAAAAGUACGCUCAGGCCUCAGAAGAGAUAGCCAACAAGACGGAACAGCUUUAUCGAAGUUUAAUCCGGGCCCAGAGGAAGUCUGCCAUGAAGGAAGCACUCUCCAGAUUUAUCCCGGCUACCUCCGUGCGCCAUGUUGGCUCUAUGUUCAAUGUGACCUGGAUGUCGUUUUUGUCUGGUCUCUCGGCUCAAGUGCAGGAUACCCAAAACCUAGACACUAUUCGGCAGUGUAUGGAGGGUAUUAGGCUCGCCAUUCGUAUAUCAUGUGCCUUUGAUUUAGAGACUCCACGAGUUGCGUUUGUAACUGCUCUUGCGAAGUUUACCAAUCUUGGGAAUCUUCGAGAAAUGAUGGCAAAGAACCUGGAAGCUCUCAAAGUGCUACUUGACGUCGCGAUUAGUGAAGGAAAUCAUCUAAAAAGCUCUUGGAGAGAAAUCCUUACGUGCAUCAGCCAACUUGAUCGGUUUCAACUACUUACUGAUGGGGUAGACGAGGGGGCUCUCCCAGACAUGUCCGUUGCUCGGGUAGUGCCUCCAUCGGAUAGUUCGCGCACUCGCAAAUCGUUGCAGGUUCCCCGGAGACCAAGGCCACGAUCAAUCAACGGCUCGACCCAGUUUAGACCAGACAUCGCCAUGGAGAGCCGGUCGACUGAAAUGGUCAGGGGAGUAGAUAGAAUAUUUACUAACACCGCGAACUUGUCUCAAGAUGCGAUUGUAGAUUUCGUCUGGGCUCUAAGCAAUGUCAGCUGGCAAGAGAUACAGUCUUCCGGUCAAAGUGAGUCUCCGCGGACAUACAGUCUUCAAAAGCUAGUGGAGAUCAGCUAUUAUAAUAUGACACGAGUCAGGAUCGAAUGGAACAGAAUCUGGGAAGUCCUUGGCGAACAUUUCAACCACGUCGGCUGCCAUGCUAACACAGCGGUUGUCUUUUUCGCCUUGGAUUCCCUUCGACAGCUAUCCAUGAGAUUUCUAGAAAUUGAGGAGCUGCCUGGCUUCAAGUUCCAAAAAGACUUUUUGAAGCCUUUUGAGCAUGUGAUGGCCAACAGCACCGUUGUGACUGUCAAAGACAUGGUUCUGCGAUGCUUGAUCCAGAUGAUACAGGCUAGAGGGAACAAUAUUAGAUCUGGAUGGAAAACUAUGUUUGGUGUUUUCUCUGUGGCUGCAAGAGAGCCGUACGAGGGAAUCGUAAACAUGGCUUUCGAGCACGUCUCUCAAAUAUAUAACACGCGUUUUGGAGUCAUCAUCACUCAGGGCGCUUUCCCGGACUUGGUAGUUUGCUUGACAGAAUUCUCGAAGAACUUGAAGUUUCAGAAAAAGUCCUUGCAGGCAAUUGAAACUCUCAAGUCAACAGUUCCCAAGAUGCUUAAAACCCCCGAAUGCCCUCUUUCUCAUCGCCGUUCCUCUACAUCCAGUGCUCCAAGCGACACCGUCGUUCCACUGACGCCACAGACGAGCAGACAGUCAGCGGAAGAACAGUUCUGGUAUCCUGUUCUAAUAGCAUUCCAAGACGUCCUCAUGACUGGGGAUGACCUUGAAGUGCGAUCUAGGGCGUUGACUUACCUCUUCGAAAUCCUUAUCCGGUAUGGUGGCGACUUCCCAACAGAAUUCUGGGAUGUUCUUUGGCGACAGCUGUUGUAUCCUAUAUUUGUGGUGUUACAGUCAAAGUCAGAGAUGUCAAAAGUACCAAAUCACGAAGAGCUUUCUGUUUGGCUCUCGACAACCAUGAUUCAAGCCUUACGACAUAUGAUCACGUUGUUCACGCACUACUUUGAUGCUUUGGAGUAUAUGUUGGAUCGUUUCUUAGGGCUGCUAACUCUCUGCAUAUGUCAAGAGAACGACACGAUUGCUAGAAUCGGCAGCAAUUGUCUCCAGCAGUUGAUUUUGCAAAAUGUACAGAAAUUUCAGGCUACGCACUGGGACAAAAUCGUCGGAGCUUUUGUGGAGCUGUUUGAAAAGACCACUGCUUAUGAACUCUUUACGGCUGUUAUUCCUAAUCCUGCGAAGAGUUCGGAAUCCUCAAAAGUAGCCGACGAUUCAGCAUCGGUGAACGAGAUUUCAAAUGAGCAAAUCGCCGUGGGAGAUGAGACAUCCAUCAAUGGCGACCAACGACCGGCUACAGCGACCGAAGCGGAAGAAGCCAAAAGCCCCCAACAUUCUGCUCAGCUUGAAGAUCAUGCAUCGCCCACCGAGCAGCAACAGGCUCCCCUAGCCAUUAGUGCUUCACGUCGAAAAUUUUUCAACCGCAUUAUAACUAAUUGCGUUCUCCAGCUGCUGAUGAUCGAGACAGUUAAUGAAUUGUUUUCAAAUGAUGCAGUGUACGAACAAAUUCCAAGCGAUGAACUGUUACGUCUAAUGGCACUUCUGAAGAAGAGCUAUCAAUUUGCGAAGAAAUUCAACGAAGCCAAGGAUCUCAGGGUCGCUCUUUGGAAGCAAGGAUUCAUGAAGCAGCCGCCUAACCUCCUGAAACAAGAAAGCGGGAGCGCUGCGACAUAUGUGAACAUCCUUUUCCGGAUGUACCAUGAUGAGGGCGAUGAGAGAAAAAGCAGUCGAGGGGAAACUGAAGAAGCUCUUAUACCGCUUUGUGCGGACAUCAUCCGCGGCUACGUCAAAUUAGAUGAAGAGACCCAGCAGCGCAACAUUGCCGCCUGGCGACCUGUUGUAGUCGAUGUGGUAGAAGGCUACACAGGCUUUCCACGCGAGACUUUCGACAAGCACGUUGAAACCUUUUAUCCUCUCGGAGUGGAAUUACUCUCCCGCGAUCUCAACAGCGAAGUUCGCCUCGCUCUCCAGUCUCUUUUUCGGCGAGUUGGCGAAUGUCGACUUGGAAUGAGGCCCGUGUCACCAGUGGAGGCGCCCAUGAGUCCGCGCGGCUCGGUGUCGCAUAGUUAUUUUGGGAAUGGCCACAGACGCAGCAGAGGUCGAUCUAUAAAAGGCUAAUUGCUUCUUUGCCACCGUCCUCUUUUAGCACCUCGCUCGCUUUGGCUCUCUCAUUUUCUGGCGGACGGGUUUUGCUCUUUUUUACUUUUUCUUCGGUUUUUUUUUGCUCCAACGAUGAGAUUACCCCCUAAUUUCAGCUAGUUGGCUGUUCUAGUCGAGUUUACUUUACUUUUUUCUUUUCUUGGUAUAUGGCUUCAGCGUGUAUAUUAGAAGGGAGAUCUAUUCAUUCUGUUUCUAUUUGCGGACUCGCAUCAAAAAAUAAAUACAUUUUUGCAGGGAGUUUCGACUCCAUCAAUCAUGCA